AGCUAGAGACGCGUGGUUGAUGAAGGAGCCAGCUAGACGUCCAUCGUGUAGCUCUUCGAGUCGAUCCUGGCCUUAUACUGACAUGGAAGACCGAGUGAUAAACCAUCUUGAAAAAGAGCAUUCUCAUCGGUUCCGAACAAUGUGCCACAAAAAUGCCAAUUUAGCCCAAGAAAGCAAAAUUCGUUUAGAUUUCUUGGACAGAGAGAAAAGGAAAAGCUUACAUUCGAUCGCAUUGGAUCAAGCGGAGUUGAAGGGUAGGAUGAUUCAGUUUUCCCAAGAGAGAUAUGUAAAUGGUCUGCUUAAUCAGCUGACUGAUCUUACCUUCCAAAGCACUGACGCUGAAAGUCUUUCUGAUGUUAAUCCGAGUCUAACAGAUGCUACUUCGAACGAGUCAAACCUGUCUGUAGGGCCUCGCUAUUUGCGUAUGGAAACGAAUGCCUUUCAUCCGUCUGAAAUGUCGCUGGGUUCUGAAGACUUAGUUCAGUGUUCCUCAAGCAUUAUUACUAAAGAAAGUUUAUCUUCGGUAGUGGAUGAAAAACAAGCAAGUGACAAUCCAAAAAAUACAAUUAGCAGCUCUACUGUUGAUAAUGUAGGAAAAGUUCCCGAAGAGAAGAAAAUCAAUGCUCGUGCUUCAGCUACUUCUGCUAAAGGUACUGCAAGUGAAGAGGAGUUGAAGAAAGUCGUGGAUAAGCUGACCAAUCGUUAUGAUAUCGAAAAACUCAAGAUGUUGACUCAGGUCAUGCUGAAAACUCUACAGAAGAACGAUCGCUUUCGAUACGAGGACAAGAUGAAAUUAGUUUAUAAUCUAAGCAGAUAUUUUAACAAGGAAGCAGAUAAUGCUGCUGAGAAGACGACCCCGAAAUCUUCAAACCAAGAUCUCAAGGAAGAUAACACCUUUUUGUAUCUUAAGGCGGAUAGGCAGAGGGAACUGCGCGAUGACGUGAAACCAGUAAAACCAUUAAAAACAGCCAAGAAGAAUUUGUUUGGUUAUGAGUCGAGAAGAAGCUCUGUUCCAUCACUGCCUGACAUCAACAAAAUUUCUAGUUCUAGUAAUACUUCGCUUCUAAACAAACAAGACCUGAGACGACACUCUCUUCUGUCUGACUGGCGAACCUCAGUUCAAUCACUUUCACCCGAUAACCGAAACACUAAUCAGCUGAGUUCCUCAACAGCUUUAUUAAACUCAGAAAACUCGCCAGACCCUGUGAAGAUAGAAGAUCUAUCUGAUGAGCUGGACGACAUGAUGAAGAUUUAUCUCAGAUUAGGCCUAGGGCACGGUGCACUCCUCAAGCUGCCACGGAGUUCAAAUCGCGCGGCUGUGAAGGAAAAACAGAAAAGUUGGCUUCGACGAGACUUGAGAGCAAAGUCUACCAUGCCGACAACUGGAGUUCAAGAUUUGAGAAUUGUGAUGAAAAAUUGUCGGUAUUUAAGGUUCCCUAAAGACAUGAUUGAGCACCUGCUGGUUUAGCUUGGUAGCAAAUGUUAAAAUGUAAAAAGUGAAUUAUGUGGAUUGUGGUCGAAAUAUAAUGACAAAUAAUUGAUGGGCUAAUAUUUCGGUUUUAGUUCGAAAAUUCUUUAGACAAAUUUUAAAUUCUUUCUUUUAGCGUGCUUGUUAAUGUUUAUUAAUGGACUAUUCCUGUAAAAAUGAAGAUUAAAACAAGACUGAGAGAUUUUAUGGAUUGUGACUUGAAACGCAAGACUUCAGUUGCGUCUUGCGAUUGUUUUUAUUUAUAUUUUAUGUUCUUAUUAUUCAUGUACAUUGUACAUAAUAUACUGAUAUCAUUAACAUUA